AUGGGACGAAAUGCCCUAGAAGACUCGAAUGCGGCAAACCGGCUCUACCCAUUCAGACUGUUCCUGAACGGUGGCCAGUGGUUCUCCCUUACAAGCAGAAUAAAAAUUAAUUUGAGCUGGAAUCCGAUCUAUGUGAAUUACAAUAACCAACGAGGCGUCGGCUGGAUGACUGAGGUCGUGUUCAAGCUCAAACGCGAUGUAUCGAACCAUUUGGGCCUAAAGCCGCAUUUU